AUGAAUAAUUUGGCAGUAUUUUGCUUCUUCGCAGCCGUAGUUGCGUCCACUACAGUACAAUGUGUGUCGGUAUUAGGGCCCAAAGUACUGAGGCCUUACGUGAAUUACAAAGUCUCGAUAGCAGGCGGAUCUAGGGCACAUAAUCUGUAUGUAGCCAUCGAAGGGAAACGAGCAACAGGAGAGCAGUUUUCACAGGGUAGAGUUGUACAGGUCCAACCAGCUACAUCCAGAUUAAUGGACCUAGAAAUUGGAGAUCCAGGGCCUGGUCAGUAUAAGUUAGUAGCUAGGUCUACUUCAGGGCCACUUUUCGCGUCAUCUGCUCCCCUAGUAUACCAGCCAAGGAGUUUCUGCAUCUUUGUACAAACAGAUAAAGGAGUUUACCAACCAGGAGAUACCAUUAACUUCAGAGUCGUCGCCUUAGACAAGUACCUUCUGCCAUUAUCUGGCACGGUGGACGUGAGCGUGCUGGACACGAGCGGCGCGCCGGUGCGGCAGUGGGUCGCCGUGCCGUUAGACAAGGGGAUACUCUCAGACGAACUGCUCCUCGCUGAUGAGCCGGCACUGGGGCAAUGGACAGUACAAGUGGAAGCGCGCGGUCAAAAAUAUUCCCGACACAUAAUGGUAGCUGAUUACGUCUACCCGAAGUUCCAAAUGGACAUCGAUGUUCCGAAAGAGGUCUUGUUUAGUGACGGACGGUUCAACAUGAACAUCACUGCUAAACACUUUAACGGACUCCAAGUUAAAGGGGAGCUUACCAUAUCAGUAUACGCCGUUUUCUUCUCUAACGUAUUACAACCGGUGUUUUCUACACCUGAUAGAAAAGUUAUCGAUUUUGACGGUCAAGCUACUGUGAUAUAUGACUUAAAGACAGAUCUAGACCUAGCGGAAGAUGCGGCUAGACCAUUGGUAGUGGAGGCAGUUUUAGAAGAAAAAAACACGCUAAUACGUCAAAAUGUAUCUACACGUAUUCUUCUUAUGAGAACUCCAUAUAGACUUAAAGUCUCAGCACCUGAAAAGUUCAAACCUAACUUGCCUUAUAUUGUACAGAUAGAAUUAGUAAACUCAGCCGGACAGACUAUGGACAUCGCAGGUGACGUGGUAGUGGAACGCCUGUGGGACGACGGCGCUCCGCUCAACAAAACCACUGUAGCGCUUAGCAAAGGCUUCGCUAAAUACACUUUUAUACCAGACGUGGCUCAUAUAAACUCUACACUCAAUCUAGUGGUCAAAUUUAAAGAAGUUUCAGAGCGAGUGAUAAAUGUUCAAAGAAGCUUAGAAAACAGUGGGCAAUUUUUAAAUAUCGAACUGUUGACACGCAACACGUCUGUCGGAGACGAAAUGAGAGCACGGAUCGACGCCACUGAGCCUAUGGAUCUUAUUCAUUAUGUCGUGAUUGGACGUGGAGACAUCCUCGCCGCGAAAACAUUUGAACUAAGCCCCGCGCGCCGCAGCGUGGACAUCUCGGUGGCGGUGACGGCGGGCAUGGCGCCCGGCUGCGUGCUGCUGGCCUGGUACCCGCGCGUGGCGGGCGGCGUCGUGUCCGCCGCCGUGUACGCGCCGCAGCGCGACAUGUUGCAGCAUAGGGUGACAGUGACACCAGUGACCACCGGCGCCCUGCUGCGGCCGAACGGCCUGGUGGAGUUCCGCGUGUCGGGCGAGGCCGGCGCCGCGGCCGCGCUGCUGGGCGGCGACGAGAACGCCAUCGCCAACGGCCUCGCCGGCGCUGACGGGCUCGGCCGGGGACUGGAUUUACAUACGAUCGAACGAGAAGUGGAAAGUUUCAGCGGAUUGAGGCAUUCGUUAUUUAAGAACGAAGAUCAUUUACCUACAUUGGGUCUGGAUAUAGGCGGCCGGAACUCCACCGAUGUAUUUAGUAAUGCUGGUGUAGUUAUUUUAACAGAUGGCCUCGUGAUUUCAAGUGAUGCUCCCGAAGUGGUGGAGCCGGUGGAGACGGGCACGCGCGCGCCGUCGGCCGGCCCCUACGCCUUCAGCCGCGUGCCGCCGCCGCCGGCGCCGCGCCGCUACCUGGCGCGCCGCCUCGCGCCGCACAACACGUGGAUGUUCACUAACAUUACUAUUGACAACGAUGGCAUGGGCACACGGGAACGCUGGUCUCCCAUCACACCCGGAGACUGGUCAGUGGGGGCUUUCGCAGUGCAUCCAAUAUUAGGCCUCGGUUUGGCUCAACCAAAAAAACUCACCACCGCCCUCCCACUGUCCAUCACGGCGGAACUUCCUGAAACCCUGCAAAAGGGAGAAGCUGUCGCCAUAAUCAUCACACUAAAGAGUUCACUCACAGUGGACACCUCCGUCGAAGUCACCUUCCAUAAUUCCGACCAAUACUACGAAUUCGAACCUUUAGAGAAUAGUGUUGAUUCAUCGAAAAAAAUCGAGCUGUUCCGUCGUCUCCGCGUGACGGUGCCCGCGCGCGGCGCCGCCAGCACCGCCUUCCUGGUGACGGCGGCGCGCGCGGGCGACGCGCCCGUCAUCGUGGAGGCCAACGGGAACGGCGUGUCUGCCUCACUGUUCAGAACUAUUGACGUUAAGGACGGCUAUGAAGAAGACAUAUGGUCGUGGGUGUUGCUGGACGGGCGCCGCGGCGUGGCGCGCGGCAACGUGACGCUGGCGCCGGCGGCCGGCACGCGCCUGGGCACCGUGUCGCUGGAGGCGACGGGGGAUAUCAUGGCGAAUGCCUUGAGAGCUCUGAAAGCACCUCCUGUUGUUGCGGCCGAUCCCACUUACGCUAUGCGACCGAUGGCUCGUGCGUGCGUUGUUUUGGACUAUCUUCAGGCAACGGAACAAGAUGACGAGACCACUAUAAUAAAGGACGCGCGUUUACAAACGUCCACCGGCUACCAGCGGCUCAUGGCCUUCCGCCGCUCUGACGGUUCCUUUUCUCAAGAAAUAGGGGAUGACGCUAUUCCUGAUGUAUGGAUGACGGCGCUGGCCGCGCGCUGGCUGUCCCGCUCGGCGCGCUACGUGGAGGUGUCGCCUGAGGCGGCGCUGGCGGCGGCGCGCUGGCUAGCGGCGGCGCAGCGCGCGGACGGCGCCUGGCCGCCGGCCGCCGCGCGCAACGCGCCGCGCGCGCAGGCCGCCGUGCCGCUCACGGCGCAUGCGCUACUCGCUUUGCUAGAUACUAAGGCUAACGACAUGUUGUACAAAAACGCAAUAAACAAAGCUCAAGACUUCCUCGCGAAAUCCCUGUCCGCGGAACUGGACGCCUUCUCCCUGGCGGUGGCGGGCAGCGCGCUGGCGACGGCGCGGCACCCGCAGGCCGCGCAGGCACUGCUCUUCUUGGAGAAAUACGCUAAUACUACUGCUACGACGUUGUUCUGGUCACGAACGAUUGCCGGAUCGGAAUGGCGCAACCCUUGGUUGAAGAGCAACAGUCUAGAAGCUUCGACGGCGGCGUGGGCCCUCCGCGCCAUGCUCGCCUCCAACCUGGUGGACGAGGCGGUGCCAGUCGCGCGCUACCUCAUACAGGCCUUAGGACCUAAGGAUCAGGACCCUGAAGUGCUGGACGCGCUGUCACAAUUCGCGCUGGCUAUAAAGUCUGCGAGCAAGCUGCGCGUGGCGGUGCGCGUCGACGCCGGCGAGCCGCGCAACUUUAACAUAGACAGCGACAACGCACUCAUCAUACAGACGCAAUUGGUGCGCAACGUGCGCAACGCGAGCGCGGCGACGGAGGGGCGCGGCGUGGCGCUGGUGGGGCUGGCGGCGCGCGGCGCCUGCAACGUGACGGCGGCGUGGCCGCGCUACACGCUCGACCCGCGCGUCGACGCCGUCUCCACCGGCGACCGCCUGCAGCUCUCCAUAUGCGUCGGAUUUGUUCCAGUAGCAAAUGAAAAAGAAAGCGGAUUGACUCUGUUAACUGUUCAACUUCCCUCCGGAUACUUAGCGGAUAUAAACACCAUUACUGAAUUAACGGCGGCGCGGCACGUGGUGGGCGCGCGCGUGCUGCGCGGCGGCGCGCGCGUUGCGGCGUGGCUGCGCGCCGGCGCCGCUGAGCGCUGCGCCACGCUGGCGGCGCCGCGCGCGCUGCCAGUCGCGCGCCAGCGCCCCGCCUGGGCCGAGCUGAGGGACUUGUACGACUCCAGUCACCGCGCGCGCGUGUUCUACCAGGCGGUGGGCAGCAGCGCGUGCGACGUGUGCCGCGCGUGGGCGUCGUGCGCGCGCGCGUGUGGCGCCGCGGCCGGCCAGCUGGCGCCCGCCGCGCCCGCGCCCGCGCCUGCCGCCGCGCCCGCCGCCCUCGCGCCCACGCUCGCCGCGGCGCUGCUGUGCGCCGCCGUAUUGAUAAGA